AUGAGGCCCAUGCGCGCGCGGCGCGACUCGAAGAGAGAAAAGGCAUGCAGGGCUGCCCCUAUGAGCAGAUGGCGCUGGCGCGCCGCGGCGCUGGCGCUGGUCUUCGGCGGCUGGUGGUGGUCGCGGCCGCCGCCGCCCGCGCCGGUUGUCACCCCUUCGAUGCUCGCCGCCCGACCGCCGGCGCCCGUCGUGCCCGUCCGACCGCCGGCGCCCGAGCCGCGGCCGGGGCGGCGGCCGUGGGACGCCUCCGUGCGCUGCGCCUUCGUGUCGCUCCUGCGGCGGCGGGGCGACGAGACGCGGUACGCCGCGUUUCUGGAGUCCGCCCACCGCGUGCAGGACGCGUUCCGCCUCGAGCGGCGCUACCCGCACGUCGUCUUCCACGAGGGCGACAUUCCGGAGGGCCACGUGGCGGCCCUGCGGGCGCGCGCGCCCUGGCUCGUCUUCCGCGGGCUGGCGGGCGUCUGGGGCACCGCCGACCGGCCGCCCGCGGAGCAGUGGGCCGCGACGGACCGGAGCGAGGGCUACAAGCACAUGUGCCGCUUCUACGGCCUGCAGCUCUGGGACCAGGUGGCGGACUUCGACGUCGUCAUGCGCGUCGACGACGACGUCUUCUUCCUGGCGCGGGCGCCCUACGACCCAUUCCGGCUGCUCUGGGAGAGCGACGCGGACUACGCCUGGGGCGCCGAGACGGGCGAGUCGCACGGCCCGACGGCCCGGACCUUCGGCCCCUGGGUCCGGGCCUACUGCGAGGUGCUCGGCGGCCGAGGCGACUGCGGGCCGCUCGCGCGGGGCGUCGUGGACGCCAUGUUCUUCAACAACGUCUUCGCGACCGUCGUCGACUUCUGGCGCGGCGCCGACGUGCGCCGGUACCUCGCGGCCGUCGACGCGACGGGGGGCAUCUACGUCCACCGCUGGGGCGACGCGCCGAUCCAGUCCGCGGCGGUCCGGCUCUUCGCCCGGGGCCACGUCGCGCUGCCCGGCGUCGAGUACGCCCACGUCUCGACGGACAACCUCAUCGUGCGGAACCAAGUCCGGUGCCUGUCGUGCGUCGGCGCGGCCGCGUACCUCGCGGCGCGGGCGGCGGACGACGGCGCCGUGGCCCGCGCCGUCGCCGCGCACGCGGCCUCCUUCGCCGACGACCUCGUGGCGGCCGGCGUGCCCCGCGCCUGGACGGACGCGCUCCCGGCCGUGGCCCUCCUCCACCUCGUCGAGACGGUCGGCGUCCGGUGCGACGGCGUCGCGACCGUCGUCCGCGCGCCCGCGCUCCUCCCGACGCACUGCUGCUGCCGCCUCGACACGCGCCGCGAUUCGACAAGGGACCGCGCGCUCGUCCUCGAGACGCUCUCGCGCCAGCUCCGCGGGUGGGUGGUGGCGGCGGGCUAG